AAACUCUCUCUAUAUCUAUAACUCUACAGAGAUAGAUAGACUCAUAAGCUUGGUGAAGAAGAAAAACAAUGACGAAAGAAGUGGUUGGAGAGAAGGGAUCCUUCUCAGGCAAAGACUAUCAAGACCCACCGCCUGAGCCACUUUUCGACGCUACUGAGCUUGGGAAAUGGUCAUUCUACAGAGCUAUAAUAGCUGAGUUCAUAGCCACUCUCCUCUUCCUCUACGUCACCGUUAUGACUGUCAUUGGUUACAAGAGCCAGACCGAUCCAGCCCUCAGUCCUGACCAGUGUGCAGGUGUUGGCCUUCUCGGCAUCGCUUGGGCCUUUGGUGGCAUGAUCUUCAUCCUCGUCUACUGCACUGCUGGAAUCUCUGGUGGACACAUAAAUCCAGCAGUGACGUUUGGGCUCUUGUUGGCUCGAAAAGUGACAUUGUUGAGAGCAGUAAUGUACAUGGUAGCUCAGUGCCUCGGUGCUAUUUGCGGUGUGGCUUUGGUUAAGUCCUUCCAGCCAUCUUACUACAGCCGCUACGGUGGCGGCGCAAACGGUCUCUCAGAUGGUUAUAGCAUCGGCACUGGUGUAGCCGCCGAGAUCAUCGGCACAUUUGUCUUAGUCUACACCGUCUUCUCGGCCACUGACCCCAAGAGGAGUGCGCGCGACUCUCACGUCCCUGUAUUGGCUCCAUUACCAAUUGGAUUUGCGGUGUUCAUAGUUCACUUAGCUACAAUUCCAAUCACGGGCACUGGCAUUAACCCUGCAAGAAGUCUGGGAGCAGCAAUCAUCUAUAACAAGGACCAAGCUUGGGACCAUCAUUGGAUAUUUUGGGUUGGUCCGUUUGCGGGUGCAGCCAUUGCGGCUUUCUACCAUCAGUUUGUGUUGAGAGCUGGUGCGGUGAAGGCGCUCGGGUCUUUCAGGAGCCAGUCUCACGUUUAG